AUGGCACGGUCGGCACCAUGGCAGCGAUGGCCAACCGUCGUCGCUGCCAUCGCUGCCGUUUCGUCCGUCUGGAUCGGCUCUGCACGUGCUGACCCUGUCGCGGGCGACUACUUUGUGCACUCGCUUCCAGGCCAGCCAGAGGGGCCGCUGUUGAAGAUGCAUGCUGGUCACAUCGAGAUCACGCCCGAGCACAACGGAAACCUGUUCUUCUGGCAUUUCCAGAACAAGCACAUUGCCAACCGGCAACGUACCGUCAUCUGGCUCAACGGCGGGCCCGGCUGCAGCUCAGAGGACGGUGCGCUGAUGGAGAUCGGGCCCUACCGGCUCAAGGAUGACCAUACGCUGGAGUACAACGACGGGGCCUGGAACGAGUUUGCCAACGUCAUGUUUGUCGACAACCCCGUCGGCACGGGCUUCAGCUACGUCAACACCGACAGCUACGUCCACGAGCUGGACGAGAUGGCCGACCAGUUUAUCGUCUUUCUCGAGAAGUGGUUCGCCCUCUUCCCAGAGUACGAGCACGAUGAUCUCUACCUAGCCGGCGAGUCGUUUGCCGGCCAAUACAUACCCUACAUUGCCAAGCACAUUGUCGAACGGAACAAGAACGCGUCGGAAACGCACGCCUGGGCGCUGAAGGGCCUGCUGAUUGGCAACGGCUGGAUUUCCCCCGCCGAGCAGUACGAGUCCUACAUCGACUUCGCCUACGACAAGAAGCUGGUGACGAAGGGGAGCAGCGAUUCCGACAGGUUGGAGAACCAGCGGCGUGUCUGCGACAAGAUGCUGGCAGCGGCUGGCGGCCCGGAGAACCAGCCGGUUGAUAUCGGGGAGUGCGAAAGCAUCCUCCAGGAGCUGCUGAGAGUCACGCGCCGAAACUCGGGUGACGACAAGGACUGUAUCAACAUGUACGACGUCCGCCUCCGCGACACAUAUCCCAGCUGCGGCAUGAACUGGCCGCCCGACCUGCCGAACCUGACCGGCUACCUGCGAAACAACGAUGUCAUCGCCGCGCUGCACAUCAAUCCGAACAAGAAUACCGGAUGGCAGGAGUGCAACGGCAAUGUCGGUUCGCAGUUUCGCGAUCGCGUCUCGAAGCCAUCCAUCGCCAUCCUCCCGGGUCUGUUGGCCGAAAUGCCGAUUGUGCUCUUCUCGGGCGCCGAAGACCUGAUUUGCAACCACCUGGGAACGGAGGCGAUGAUCGGCAACAUGGCCUGGAACGGCGGCAAGGGCUUUGAGCUCUCGCCAGGCAACUGGGCGCCGCGGCGCGAAUGGACGUUUGAGGGCAAAGACGCCGGCUUCUGGCAGGAGGCCCGCAACCUGACGUACGUCCUGUUCUACAACUCGUCGCACAUGGUGCCGUUCGACUAUCCACGGCGCACGCGAGACAUGCUGGAUCGCUUUAUGGGCGUCGACAUCAGCAGCAUUGGCGGAAAGCCGACGGACUCACGCCUCGACGGCGAGCCUGGGCCAACGACCACUGUGGGCGGUGCAGCCGGGAACGGCAACAGCACAACCGGCCAGGACGGCGACAAGGCCAAGGUCGACGCGGCCAAGUGGGCGGCUUACCGCAAGAGCGGCGAGAUCGUGCUGGUCAUCGUGGCCGCAGCGGCUACCGCCUGGGGCUACUUUGUAUGGCGUGAUCGUCGCCGCCGGGCCGGCUAUCGGGGAGUGGCCGGCGGCCCUGUCUCGUCGUCCGACACGCAUAUACCGGAAUACAGGCGCCGCAACAGCAUGUCCGUCCAGAGCGGCACUGCCCUGGAAAACUUCCGCAACAAGCGGUCGAACCGGGAUCUGGAGGCCGGCGACUUUGACGAGGGCGAGUUGGACGACCUGCACGUGACCACACCCGCACUGGACUCGCGAUACAGCAUAGGAGCUGACAGCGAGGACGAGGCCGAGGGCUCAGACGGGAACACGGAAGCGAGGCGGACAGCUGAUCACGAGGGCGGCGUGCAGAAGGCCAAAUAG